AUGAAUAUGAACAUGAAUAUGGACGAAAGAUCCUCAUACAUCUCAAUCGAGGAACUAAAGAGUGUCGGCGUGAGUGCUUCAGAUGUGACCAAGCUUGUGGAGGCAGGAUAUAACACUGUUCAGAGUCUGGCUUUUGCACCCAGAAAAGAACUGCUUGAGGUGAAAGGAUUUAGCGAUGUAAAAGUCGACAAGAUAAUAAAAGAGGCAGCAAAGCUAGUUCCGAUGGGAUUUACAUCGGCUACUGAGUACCAUGCAAAGAGAACUGAGGUGUGCUACGUCAGUACAGGCAGUGUUGAGCUAGACAAGCUUCUCCAUGGAGGAAUUGAGAGUGGAAGUAUCACAGAAAUAUUUGGAGAGUUUAGGACAGGCAAGACCCAGCUAUGCCACACCAUUGCAGUGUCCUGCCAGUUGCCAGUAGAGAAUGGCGGAGGAGCAGGCAAGUGCAUAUAUAUCGACACAGAAGGCACUUUCAGGUCUGAAAGGCUUAUACCUAUAGCCGAGAGACUAGGGCUCAAUCCAGAUACUGUAUUGGAGAAUAUUAGCUAUGCCAGGGCAUAUAACUCGGACCAUCAGAAUAAUCUUCUGAUACAUGCAUCAGCCAUGAUGUCCGAAAAUAAAUAUGCUGUCUUGAUUGUGGAUUCAGCCACAGCCCUGUAUAGAACGGACUAUAAUGGACGAGGCGAGCUCGGAGCACGGCAGAUUCACCUGGCCAGAUUUCUUCGAACCCUCACCAAUCUUGCAGAGACUUAUGGUGUGGCUGUUGUUAUUACAAACCAGGUGGUGGCCACAGUGGAUGGCACAACAGCCAUGUUUAAUGCAGACCCUAAGAAGCCCAUCGGAGGUAACAUUAUUGCACACGCAUCUACAACAAGACUGUAUUUCAGAAAGGGCAAGGGAAACACGAGAAUAUGCAAGAUCUACGACAGUCCCUGUCUUCCUGAGCUCGAAGCUGUGUUUGCAAUCACGGAGAGUGGAAUUGCAGAUCCCGAAGAGUAG